CGGGACCGCACGCAGAAGGCGCUCUUCCUGGAGCUGGUGCCGGCCUAUAACCGGCUCCUGGAGAAGGCAGAGCUGCUGGCCAAGGUCUCUGAGAAGCUGCAGCAGGAGCCACCAGCUGUCACUCCUCCCACCCGCCAGAGCCCCAGGGAGGAGGAGUCAGGGCCUGGCUCAGACCAAGUCCCAGCAAUAGUCACCUUGCGGACCAAGUGGCAGGAGAAGGAGGAGGGGGUCCGGCUGGAGUGUGGCAAGAUGGCCUACCAGGUGGUGGAGAAGAGCGCAGCCUUGGACACCCUGGAGGCCCAGCUGCAGGAGCGGCAAAGCAGGCUGGAGGCUCUGCAGGUCCGCGUGGCCCAGUUGCAGGAGGCGCGGGGGCUGCAGGCCCGGCAGGUGGAGGACCAGCGGGCCCAGAACGCGGCGCAGCGGGAGGCCUACGAGGCACUGCGCGUGCACACCAGCUUCCAGGAGGCCGCACUGCGCAGGCUCCAGGAGGAGGCGCGCGACCUGCUAGAGCGGCUAGUUCAGGGCAAAGCGCGCGCCGCUGCAGAACGCAACUUGCGCAACGAGCGCCGGGAGCGGGCGCACCAGGAGCGGGUGACCCAGGAGCUGAAGAAGGCAGCUAAGCGGACCGUGAGCAUCAGCGAGAGCCCAGACACCUUUGGUGAUGAUGGGACAAAGAAGGGGAGCGAGACCCUGACCCUGGCCCUGGCCACUGAGCCCGAGCCCCUGGACAGUGAGACUUGUGAGAAAUGGAAGAGGCCGUUCAGGUCUGCCUCGGCCACCUCCCUGACGCUGUCCCGCUGUGUGGAUGUGAUGAAGGGGCUCCUGGAUUUCAAGAAGAGGAGAGGUCACUCAGUUGGUGGAGUCCCUGAGCAGCGGUACCAGAGCAUCCCUGUGUGCAUGGUGGCCCGACUUCCCACGUGGGCUCAGGAUGUGCUGGAUGCCCACCUCUCUGAGGUCAAUGCUGUUCGUUUUGGUCCCAACAGCAGCCUCCUGGCCACCGGAGGGGCUGACCGCCGUAUCCACCUCUGGAACGUUGUGGGAGGUCGCCUAAAGGCCAGCCAGACCCUCGAGGGAGCUGGUGGCAGUAUCACCAGUGUGGAUUUUGACCCCUCGGGCUCCCAGGUUUUGGCAGCUACCUACAACCAGGCCGCCCAGCUUUGGAAGGUGGGAGAAGCCCAGUCCAAGCAGGAGACACUGUCUGGACACACAGAUAAGGUGACAGCGGCCAAAUUCAAGCUAACGAAGCACCAGGCAGUGACCGGGAGCAGGGACCGCACAGUGAAGGAGUGGGACCUCGGCCGUGCUUACUGCUGCAGGACGAUCAACGUGCUCUCCUACUGUAACGACGUGGUGUGUGGGGACCAUGUCAUCAUCAGUGGCCACAAUGACCAGAAGAUCCGGUUCUGGGAUAGCAGAGGGCCCCGCUGCACCCAGGUCAUCCCUGUGCAAGGCCGAGUCACCUCCCUGAGCCUCAGCCAUGACCAGAUGCAUCUGCUCAGCUGUUCCCGUGAUGACACCCUCAAGGUCAUCGACCUGCGCGUCAGCAACAUCCGCCAGGUGUUCAGGGCUGAUGGCUUUAGGUGCGGCUCUGACUGGACCAAAGCUGUGUUCAGGUACGUCCAUCUGCCUGUGCUGAGCACGUGCGUCCCAUCCAACCCUGGCGUGGGUGUGUGCUCACCUCUGAGCCCCUCUCCUCUGCAUGGCUGCUGCAGCCCGGACAGAAGCUAUGCGCUGGCGGGGUCCUGGGACGGAACCCUGUACAUCUGGGACGUGGACACUGGAAAGCUGGAGAGCAGCCUCCGGGGACCCCACUGCGCUGCUGUCAACGCCGUGGCCUGGUGCCACGCUGGGAGUCACGUGGUGAGCGUGGACCAGGCCCGGAAGAUUGUCCUCUGGUACUAGGGCCCCAGCUGGCCAGCCCUGUCUGGGCCACAGCCCUGGGCCGAAGCCUGGAGUACAGAGCUGGUUCCCUCUGCUUUGUAGGGCUCCAGAGCCAGUGGUAGCACAGGAGCAGGCGGGGUGGCCUGGGAUUCAGGGGGGAAGAAGGCUGGGCAGGACCUGGCCUGUUUGCUUAAAAACCAAGUGUGGGUUGGGGAAAUUAUAGUAUUUUUGUCUCUCUCUUUUCUUAAA